CUUGGGUGUCAACGCAGUGCGGUACCGGAGGAUCAUACUGCAACUCAUCCGCACUCAGCAGUAAUCAUGGCAUGGUCUGGUAAUGCCGACUUCUCGAGUCUACAACACUCGCCGACAUCGACGCCGUUCAGCGGAGACGUGCCAGCAUCAUUACAGCACGUCCAACAGCAGCAGCAACAGCAGGUACUCACGCCGACAUCAUCGUCGACAGCAGGGCCACCAAGAAAGAGAAAGAAGAGCGAGAUACAGGAUGAGCAGAGUCCACAGCAAGACACGCCAGGAGGACUGGCAAAGGCUCAUCCGGUGAAGAGAGCGUGUAACCAGUGUCGGCAGCAAAAGCUGCGAUGCAACAUCCAAACAGAACCAGAGUUCCAGCCGUGUGGAAGAUGUAUCAAGCAUGGCCUCACAUGCGCCAUCGAUCCGGGCUUCAAGCGACAGGAGAAGCGACAGCGACAUGCCGAGAUGGAGCGCGAACUCGAGUCGCUCAAGGCUGAGAACCAGGCUCUGCGCAUGGGCAUGGCACGAGGCGGCUUGUCCAACACAGCAGACCCUCUGCAAGCACCAAGCUUCCCACCGCAAGCGCCCUACGCAAACGCGAACAACCCUUUCCCAGGACCUAACGAGGCUGCCGCUUCGCGUUCUCUCCUCGACCUCGCUCACCAAGGCACCGACUAUCCGACACGAGAGCCGACUCUGCACACUCUAGGAAGAGUGACGUUGAGCGAGAACGAAGUCAUGGAUCUUGUCGGCAUCUACUUUGCACGCUACCACCCGUACCUUCCAUUGCUGUCCCCAGACACUCCAUACACAGCCUUCUUCGCAAUGUCUCCUCUGUUGCACUGGACGAUUCUUACCAUUGCUAUGCGCCGCUAUGAAGGCCGGCCAGGUCUCUUGCAAGAGCUUCGCCAAUCAUACACUGAUCUGAUGUGGUCAACCAUUGCCUCGGUGCCUCAAUCAUACCACGUCGUCAAGGCCUUGGUCUUGAUCUGCACAUGGCCAAUGCCUAGCAGUUCAACCUCACACGAUCCUAGCAUGAUGCUUUGUGGAACUAUGGUCCAACUUGCCAUGCAAUUCGGUCUCCAUCGUCCUUCGCAUGCCCAGGACUUCUCUCGUAACCGCAUAGAGUUGCGUGACGAGGACAUUCAAGACCGUAUGCACACUUGGGUUGCUGUCAACUUGAUUGCGCAAAACACAUCGACUGGCUAUGGCAUGCCUCAAAUCUCGCGCUGGAACUGGUACACCCAUGGCCUGCAUCUCGAUCGCAUCUCAGGUGCUUUCCGCAACCGUAUCCAGAUUGAGCGAUUCGUCGAUAAGGUCACACGCACAUGCUACAUCAUGCAACGAGAUGAAUUUGUUGCUGGUGAUGAGGCUCAUCGUUCUCUCCUCAUUGAUACUCUUGGAAGAGAAUACGAAGAGUUGGAAACUUCCCUUCGCGCAAACCAUGCUUCUCACAUUGAUCUUCUCAAUGCUCAGAUCGCUGCUCUCCAUCUCCGUCUCACGGCCUUCUUUGGUUCUCCCUCAGCUCCGACAUACAAGUCCGAUCUCUCGGCCUUGUACAUUGCUGCCUGCACAUUGCUCAAGUCCUUCUUAGCUCUUCCUCCUAAUGUUGGCGUACAUACUCCUGGAGGCGAUCAUCUCUCGGGACCUUACCAAUGCUUUGCGACCAACUACAUGAUGCAGAUGCUAUUGGCAGCAGGCUUCACUCUUAUGAAGCUGCUCAACUCAUUCUUCUCCAACAAAGUCGACGUUACUAGCGGCAGAAACUUAUUCCUUCAAACUGUUGCCGCUCUGCGUAACAUCUCAACCGUGCCCAACGACCUCCCUCAACGUCUUGCAGAGGUCCUCGCUCAACUCUGGCAAGCGAAUGGCGGUGGCUCGACCAACAAGCUCUUCCCCGACUCACCCAAUUUCAUCUCAGACCCAGAGCAUUCUCUUCAACUCAAGGUGCGUUGUCGCAUGAGUAUGAGUCUGCUCUAUGAUAGUGUCUGGAGAUGGAAGGAUCAUGUCGGUGCUGGUGCAUCCAAGAACCUCGACCGUGCUAUUCAACACCCUACAAUCCCUACUGCUAUUCCUAAUGCUGAUCUCACUGACACACUACCGCCAUCCACCAUGGCGCCUGAUCAAGACUUGAGCUUGAGCGGACUGGAAAACUGGGAGAAUCUUAACUUCGCGGCCAAUGCGCCGUUUGAUUCUUUGGGUUGGGCUUUGGAUGGAUUCUUGGAUAUGCCUGAAGGUUUUAUGGCUUGAGAAAAAAAAAGAUGGGAAAUUGUGGUUUCAAUGGCAGUGGGUAAUUCUUGGUUAGGAGGUGGGUGUUUCGUUUUUAGCGACGGCUUCUUCUUUUUUUUGCUUCAACAGCUCUUAUGGUAUGCGGUUUGUUUGGACUAUUGAGAUAUUGGAUGAUGAUGGAAGGGAGGAUGAAGAGAGACUACAGAUGAAUUCACGAUCAACUUUUGCGAUUCCGAAUAUG